AUGAAUUGCAUUUCAAGUGUUUUAUCCCUGCUUACGUUCUGCAAUAUUUUCCACUUCAACUUUGGCGAGCCCAUAUUUGGCAGCGAAAAUGUUCAUAUUAAAGUGCACUUACCCGAAGAAAUAUCCGCUGCAACUCAUACGCAUUAUGAGCCUAACUUGCAUGAUGACCCAACAAUAAUUUGCAUCCCAACACACAAAAUUCUACAACAUCAUCGUCAGCGCAAUCACAGAAAGCACUUACCACAUAAGUCAACUGCCGCAAAACCUCAGCACACUGAUUACGACACUUUAUUGACGAAUAUUCUGCUAUCCGAUUUAAAAACUCCAAUUAGUAAUCCGCAUAUGGACUAUCUGAAACAUACCGAUCACAUAACCAAGCAUUCAGCAUAUCCCAUAGUGCAAGAGGAUUACGAUAGCCAUUCUGAUGAAAGUACUCCUAAGUCACCUACAAAAUAUGUGCAAACAUACAAAUUGAUAGAGACCUAUGAACCACCUUUCGAGCAAGACUCGAGUGCAUACCAAAACCAUCACCAUCAUAAACACCCUAAUCUACAUGAGCAACCGCAAAUGCAAAGUGAAACCAUCAAAAUUUAUGAGUCGAAGUAUCAGAAGCCAAGAGCAGAAUUUGUACUGGAGACUCCCAACAGCAUUGGUGUCGCUGCUAAGAGUAACGCCCAUAGAAUGCAUACGAAAAUAGGGAGACCGUAUAAAGAUCUGAAAGGAAUUAUGGAGCCAUCAUCAACAAAUGGUUAUGUCGGCCAUAAGUCUUACUACAGUGCCGAAAAGUCUUUGCCGAGCGGUUAUGGUUUUGCUAAGCCAACCUCAUUCCACCAAUAUAGCAGUAAUACUGACUUAACAGCCAACGAAAAUUAUGGAGCAUCGAAAGACACCUCAGCUGCAGACAUGACUGAGUUUUUUGUUUCCAAGGAGAGUCUUGAUUUACCUAAUAAAGAGGCAAAAGAUUUCCAUGCCGCGUUUCAGUACCCAACGCUUGGCAUUGCAAAUAUUCAAUCAUUCAUCGGCAAUAUGUAUCUGCCUGGUAUUGAAGAGAGUCCACUUGCUCAAAUAGCGUCUGAAACUUAUGUCGGCAUUGAUAGCUAUGCAGCGCGUCAUGUGCAAGGCGUAGAUGAUUUGACCUACUCGCCUUAUAGGGAUAAGUUUAUUUAA